CCAGUGUCCCACGGCCACCUCCUGUCCCCACAGCUCUUCCUCAACGCCAAGUGCCACAUGAUCCGGGACAGGCAAGUCCUGGAGAAGCGGCUUAUCCAGCAGGAACUGGCAGAGGAGGAGAAACGCCUGGAAAAGAUGAUGGAAACGGAGCGGGAUAAGGGCCUGUGGAUCCAGGAGGACCUGGAGCGCCGCAGGAAGGAGAUGCUCGUCAGGACCAAGCAGGAGGUGGUAAAGCAGAUGGAGGAGAGGGAGGCCGAGCGGGUGCUGAGGGCAGAGCAGAAGUACCAGGAGGUGCUGGCACGGCUGGAGCGCCUGGAGCAGAUGAGGAGGGAGGACCGGCAGGCCUGGGAGCAGCAGCAGGAGCGGAAAAGGCGAAUUUUCGCGGAGAUGAAGGAGGCGGAUCGGGAGAACCGGCGGGUGCGGGACGGGCAGCGCGAGCGGGAGCGGCUGGAGGACGAGAAGGUGCUGCAGUACCAGAGGCAGAAGAUGGAGCGCGAGGCGGCCGCGGAGGCGGAGCAGGAGCGGAUCCGCUGGGAGAAGGAGAAGGAGCUGGCCCGGCUCAGGGCCACCCAGCAGCGGGACCAGGACUGGCAGGAGGAGAGGGACGCCCUGAGGACCAAGCGGAGCCAGGAGGCGGCGGAGCGGGAGUGGCGGCGGCAGGAGCUGGAGAAGGCCCGCAGGGAGGCCGAGCUGGUGCAGCAGCUGCAGCGGGAGCGCCGCGAGCAGGUGGCCCUGAAGAGGCACACCCUGGCCGUGCAGGUGGAGCGGGAGCGCCAGGAGUUCCUCAAGGUGCUCCGGUGAGUCCU